AUGACACCUGUAACGUUUGAUCGCGUAGAAAUCGAAACAAAAGCAGAAAGCAUCGCCUACUGCCGUAAAAACUGUUUUUUGGUGUUUCGAUUAAAUUCGUCCUCCCACCGAUGUGAAAACCUGUUCUCCUCCUCAGCAUGUCCAGAUACAGAGAAUAUAGUAGCCCUUGUGACACGCAACUUCAUAGUAACAGCCUUGUUGCUGGAAUCAGGGGCUACUGACAGUUUUAAGGGAACAGAAGAUGUUUUGAAAGACACAUCAAUGGAAAUACUCUGCUUUGAUUUGACAUCUUUACCGAGAGGUGCACAGUUUUUACUUUGCUGUGGAUCUGUGUUUUUCUUCUAUGUUAUUUAUGGAUAUUUUAUGGAACUCAUUUUUCGGUUGGAUGGGUUUCGUCCAUUUGGUUGGUACCUCACACUUUUACAAUUUGCUUGGUACAGUAUCUUUGGGAUUUUAGAAUCACAAAUUAAACAAGAUUUUCGCCGCAAGGCACCACUUAGCACUUAUGCCAUUCUUGCAUUCCUGUCUGUGGCCACAAUUGGGCUGUCCAAUUCUUCAAUGGGUUACUUGAAUUUUCCUACACAACAAAUAUUUAAAUCAUGUAAACUCAUUCCAGUGAUGAUUGGUGGGAUUUUAAUUCAAGGAAAGCGCUAUGGUUUGUUGGAUGUGACAGCUUGUUUAUCUAUGUGUUUGGGUCUGGCAAUUUUCACCAUUGCAGACAGUACUGUAUCACCAAACUUUGAUACGUAUGGAAUAUUUGUGAUUAUGUUAGCACUGUGUGCAGAUGCUGUGAUUGGAAAUGUUCAAGAGAAAGUUAUGAAACAGUUUAAUUGUAGUAAUAUUGAAAUGGUUUUAUAUUCUUGUUCUAUUGGGUUUGUGUAUAUAUUUGUUGGCUUAUUGUUGACUGGUAACCUCCUCCCUGCAAUCAGAUUUUGUUCUAAGCAUCCUACUCACACCUAUGGCUAUGCAUUCAUCUUUUCCAUCACUGGUUACUUAGGACUUGUUAGUGUAUUGACCCUUGUCAAAUCUUUUGGUGCCCUUAUUGCAGUCACAGUGACAACAUGUAGGAAAGCAAUAACCAUAAUCCUCUCUUUCAUAUUUUUUACAAAGCCAUUUACUAUUCAUUAUGUGUGGUCUGGAUUUAUUGUGAUAUUGGGUAUUAUGUUGAAUAUCUACAUGAGACCCCACAACAUUUUGGUGACCGCCGACGUGCAUAAUAAAAACAACCUAUUCACCAAAAGGUCGCCCGCACGUGCACUUCGAAGUUUUGGCGCAAAAUCGCUCUGGAUCUACCCACGCGAUUAUGACCUCUUAAAAAGAACCCAAAGCACGUGUGACCAGGGAGAGGCAGACAGAGACGCAGACCUGGGCAGAUCAGCAGCAGACCAUUUUUCGACCGCUUACUCAAGCUUAAAAAUGUGA